AUGUUUUACGACAACAGUGGGUCUCAAAUAGUAGAAACACUGCAGAAUUUUAAUGCAGCUAAUAUUUGCUUAUUGAAAUGGAGUAAUGCUGGGGACAAAUUAGUCAUGUGCACAUUGUCUUCGGAAAUCAAAAUGUACUCCGUAGAGAAGCACAAAAUUAUAUGGGCACAUAAAUGUAGAAGCGUAACUAUGUUUAAUACGCCAUGUUAUACACGCUGUGCGUGUUGGUCGCAAAAUGAUCAACACAUUGUUACAGGUUGCAAAGGAAUGAUAUCGGUUUAUUUAGCGAAAGAUGGUAAAUUUGUUGACUCGACAAAUGCACAUACGCAAGCUCUGGUCACAAUGGCGUUUUCAAAUAGUUAUCGAUAUCUCGCAUCAUCUGGGUUGGAUAUGGAUGUUCAUAUCUUUUUAUGGCCAAGCCUAACUCUGUUUUUGAGCGUUUACUACUACCGACCUGUUAAAGCGUUGGCUUGGCACCCGCAUGAUGGCGACUGUUUGUGCAUAGGAGGCGGCAUAGGCGACGGGUCCCUGUUGCUCUGGAACGUGAACAAGGUUGAUGCCUUGAGUUAUCGUCUCGUUAAGUUUCACGGUGCCGUAGAGAACUUGGCUUGGAAUAAGCACAGUGGAGAGCUGGUUGUUCAUUGGUCGUAUCGGGAAAGACAGAAUCGUUAUACCAUCAUUCCCGUGUUUGCGAGUCUAGAUCGUAUUGUAGAUGUGAUACCAAUUGAUAAGGAGACGCGGGUAGACACUAUUCUGUGGAAUUUCGAUCACACGCAAAUAGCUGUUCAAUCCAACGAGUCGGUAACGAUAUACAAUUUUUUCGGUAACGAAUACCAAUAUCAUCUGAAACAGAAGAAGAAACCUAAACCUCAGGAAGCUAAAAAGAUUACAACAAAAAAUUUCAAAGAAUUUAAAUAUUUUAAUAUACGAUAA